AUGCAACACCAGCCCUUCUAUCCCCUUGGCCCGCUCGCCUACGACCCAGCCACCUUCCCCCCUGCGUCCCUCCCCGUCCCCGCGCCCGUGCAACUGCAAGACCCCCACGCGCCUGAGGUCUUCAAGGCCAACAUCCAGCUCGCCCAGGUCCUCGUCUCCCGCGUGCACGCCCUCGCCCGCGCCGCCCUCACCGGCGUCGCCCUCGCAUACCACCCCGGCACGAACCCGCUCCAGACCGCAGCGGACAUCCAGAACCUCAAGCAGACCCUCGCCGCCCUCGUCACUCUCCUCCGCGACUCGGGCGUCGGCGGCCUCCCGCUCGACCCUUCCAGCGCCGCCGCGACAGAGCAGGAAAAGGCCGUCAUCGAGGAAGGCCGCAUCGUUCAGAACCUGUACGAACGUCUCGGUCGCAUGCAAAGUGGCGCCGGCGUUGUCGUCGAUCUCCUCGCAUUCCAAGGCUCUACGGGCCCAAGGACGACACAGGCUCCCAUGACAGCGCCCACACCUAGUCAGAAGUAG